UCCCCGGCGCUCUUCUUCUCUUUCCGCUGCGAGCUCCGAUACUUUUUGAGAACUUCGGUGGCAGUUUCGGUAAAUAAGUCGAAAUCGAUGGGCCUCCUCGACAAGCUCUGGGACGACACCGUCGCCGGCCCAAGGCCCGAUAGCGGGCUGAGCAAGCUGAGGAAGCACUCCACCUUCGCUUUUCGAUCGAGCAAAGUUAAAAAUGAUUCGAUGGAUUUGGUUAACUGAUUGAUGAUUGGUGGUGGGGCCCAGAGGAGGCGGAGGCUGACGUGGCGCCGGCGGCGACGAACGCCGGUGUCUCCGGCGGGAUCCACCCCUCCGGUAUCUCCGUUCGCCGGUGGAUCAGGGGGGAAGGAGUGGAACAGGUUUAGGAGAAAAUCGUCGUCAGACUACGAGAGGCCAGCGGCCGGAAUGGUUGGAGUGGGACCCACAAGUACUCCUCCUCCUCAUGAGGUGUGAGCUCUGCUGAUCCCUGAGCUCUCAACUCUUUUUUGCUUGAAGGAAACCGACACCAAAACAGCUUAAUUAACAAAUGGCCGGAGAGUGAGAGUGCGCGCGAGAGAGUGUUUCUUUGUGUAUGUUGGAUAUGUUUGUAAUUAAUGUAUGGUUGGGGGGGUGUUGUGUGUAUGUUUUGUGUACAAGUAAAUUUGUGUGAUGGGUGUUUGUUAGCCAUGAGUGUCUUUUGGGGAGGUGGUAGUGAUCAGAGUGAUGUAGGUUUUCUAGUGUAUUAGGUAGGAUUCUAUGUAUGCGUGUGCGUGUGCGUGUUCUUGUUGCUAUGUACUUAUGCAAGUUAGUUGGGAGUUGGUGGGCGUUUUUUGUAUCAAAUGGGAGGUUGAUUUGCUACUUC